UAUUAAUAUAAUUUAUUUAGAAUUAAAAAAAUAAUUUAUUAAACUGUAACAAAUAAUAUUUUGUGAGUAAAAAAUAUUUUUUUCUCCUAAAUAAAUUACUAAAAAAUUUUGUUAUUAAAUCAGUUUAGUGCUUCGUACUGAAUUCUUUUGCUUAAUUAUUGAACAUUAAGUUUCUUCAAGUACCAAUUAAUAGAUUAAUGAGAUAAAUAAAUUAUUCCAGGCGCGAAAAAAGUUCUACUUAGAAUCUUCCGAUGGAAUCCAAUUCUUAGUAGGCCGUGAAGUUAUUGAAGAAUCGGAAGUAUUAAAAGAAAUGUGCGAAAUGACCUCAGAUGAUCCAUCUGCUGUCAUACCUUUACCAAAUGUCCAUUCAAAACACGUGAGGAUGAUUAUAGAUUUGGUAAAGAUUAAGUAUAACGAUAAAAAUGAAGAUCCGCUUGACCGAGAGAAGAAUAUUUAUGAUUACAUGCAGAGGUUCGGACUAUCGGAAGCGGUUGAAAUACUGAAAGUAGCAGAUUAUCUCCAAAUGUAUUCGCUAAUUGCCGCAGCAGCGCCUACAGUUAGUGAAUUUUUGUCGACAAACAGUCAUCGUCCAAACUUUAUUCGAGGAUUUUUUGCACUUAGAGAUGAUUUGACCGAAGAAAUGAAAGAAGAAAUAAUUAACGACCAAAUGAAUUAUUUUUAA